AUGCGACCCGCCAAAAGAGUUCAUGCGGCCCGCCAAAAGAAUUCAUGCGACUCGGCCAAAGAGUUCAUGCGACUCGCCAAAGAAUUCAUGCGACUCGCCAGUGAAUUCAUAGUUCAUGCGGCCGCCAAAAGAGUUCAUGCGGGUCGCCAAAGAGUUCGAUUCUGCCAAAAGAUGCGACUCGCCAAAAGAAUUCAUGCGACCGCCAAAAGAAUCAUGCGGCCCGCCAAAGAGUUCAUGCGCCUGCCAAAGAAUUCAUGCGGCCCGCCAAAGAAUUCAUGCGACUCGCCAAAAGAAUUCAUGCGACCGUGCAGUUCAUGCGACUGGACUCUGCCAAAAGAAUUAUGCGACCGCCAAAAGAAUUCAUGCUGCUCGCCAAAGAAUCUGCGCACCCGCCAAAGAAUUCAUGCAGCCUCGCCCAAAGAAUCUCAUGCGGCCGCCAAAGAAUUCGACUCGCCAAAAGAUUUCAUGCGACCCGCGCCAAGAAUUCAUGACCUGCCAAAAGAAUUCAUGCGACUGGCAAAAGAGUUCAUGCGGCCCGCCAAAAGAAUUCAUGCGACCUGCCAAAGAGUUCAUGCGGUUCGCCAAAAGAGAGUUCAUGCGACUCGCCAAGAAAUCAUGCGACUCGCCAAAAGAAUUCGCGCGACUCGCCAAAAGAAUUCGCCACUGCUAAAAUUCAUGCGGCCCGCCAAAAGAAUCUAUGGCCCGCCAAAAGAGUUCAUGCGAGUUCAUGCGGCCCGCCAAAAGAAUCUAUGCGACUCGCCAAAAAGAAUUCAUGCGGCCCGCCAAAAGAAUUCUUAUGCCAAAGAACGCGACCAAAAAGAGUUCAUGCGGGCCCGCCAAAAGAAUUCACAUGCGACUAAAAUAAUUCAUGCGACUCGCCAAAAGUUCACAUGCGUUGCUCGCCAAAAGAAUUCAUGCGACUCGCCAAAGAGUUCAUGCAGCCUGCCCAAAGAAUUCAUGCGACUCACAAAGAAUUCAUGCGACCAAGCAAAAGAAUUCAUGCGACCUGCUGGUAAGAAUUCAUGCGACCCGCCAAAGGAAUUCAUGCGACUCGCCAAAGAGUUCAUGCGGCCUGCCAAAAGAAUUCAUGACCUCGCCAAAAGAAUUCAUGGCCCGCUGAAGAAUUCAUGUGACCUGCCAAAAGAAUUCAUGCGGCCCGCCAAAGAAUUCAUGCGACCGCCAAAAGAAUUCAUGCGACUCGCCAAAAGAGUUCGCGCGGCCCGCCAAAGAGUUCAUGACUCCGCCAAAAGAGUUCAUGGCCCGCCAAAGAAUUCAUGCGACUCGCAAAAGAAUUACGCAGCCUGCCAAAGAAUUCAUGCGGGUUCGCCAAAGAAUCAUGCGACUCGCCAAAAGAAUUGGCGCGACUGCCAAAAGAAUUAUGCGGCCCGCCAAAAGAAAUUCAUGUUACUCGCCAAAAGAAUUCAUGCGGCCCGCCAAUGA